UUCCCCAGAAAAGUGUAAAACAAUUCUGCAAAGCUUCCCCGGCCAUUUACAUACACCAGUCACGGCCCUGCCCCUCCAUCCCCACCGUCCGAUCCAUGUACUAAAAAUCACCCCCACUGCUAUAACAGUACUCCUUGGCCUCUCUACUUCUCAUCGUUCCACUUAAGCUACUUCUCUACUUCUCCCUCCUUCCACAACCCACCAAACAUGGCAACGCCUUUGAACCCGAACGCCCAGGCCUUCCGGCCUGAAAAGAAUACAUUAGCCAUAACGACCUUCGGCCUCUUUCACCCACACCCACAGCCGCAACCACUACCGCUUCUGCCUUUGCCGCCUCUAUCACAGGCGUGGCCAGCGGUGCCAGCUGCCUUCCGCGACGUCCCAAAUUACAGGUAUCCCCCGGCCGGAUCUUAUGGGGAAUAUUUCUACGAUUCUCGCUCACAGCCUGAGCCGGUCUUUUACGGGUUGUCGAAUUCUGAACAGGCAGAAAUGGGGUUUCAGAAGUUGAAGGGUGUUGAGGUGUAUGAAACUUUUGGCUGUGGGGAAAGGGUGGAGAGGGGACCGAGGUGCCAGGUGCGGAGACCGAGGAUCUCAUAUAGAAAGCCUACUACUGUGAAUUGCCGGGAAAAAGUAUGGAUCCCAAAGAAAGAUGGGAAGAGUGGUGGUGUUCGUCAUACUGUUCAUGAAAUCACGCUCUCUGGAUCCAAUAUUGUCGUGAACAAGAAUAUUCCCAACGAGUUUCAGAGGGGAAAGUCGUGGAAGAAGAAUAGUGAUCGUGCUCGUAUCAUUCCCUUCCCUGCUACUGUUGAUGAAUUCAUUCGCUCUAAAAAAACUACUGUCAUGAUCAAGAACAUCCCCAACCAGUUUAAAAGAGAUGAUCUGCUGGCUAUACUCGACAAGCAUUGUCGGGUCGAGAACACGAAGGCAGGAGCGCAUUCGUACAAGUCUGCAUACGACUUUGUGUACUUGCCUAUGGAUUUCAGGAAGUUUUGGUAUCAAGGGAAGAUGACAAAUCUUGGGUACGCGUUCGUGAAUUUUACAAAUUCUAUGGCUGCAUUCAGGUUUUUCAGUUCAUUCCAAAAACAUGUUUGGGCGGUUAUUGAGAACAAGAAAACGUGUGAAGUCACUCUCGCAGAGCUUCAGGGGAAAGAAGCGUUGAUUGAGAGUUUCAAAAACAGGCUCUUCUGGUGUCAAUCAUAUUCUUUCCUUCCUGCGGUUUUUGAAGCUCCGAGGGACGGUUUGAACUUCUCCAGGUUCACAACGGUUGGCAUACGUAUGCCUCGCGCACCUCCGAAGCGAUCCAGAAAAUCUUCUUGA